AUGGAAUCCAUGGCUGAUGGUCAUGGUUUGUCUUGUGGGGAGACGGAGCCGGUUGGGGAUGGAAAUGGAUUGAACUAUCGACACAUGGAGCCAUUUGGCACGGUCAAGAUGUUUAUGGGUCGCACAUGCUGCCACGAGGUUUCCUUGGUCAUUGAAGAGUUCGGCUAUGGAGAGCUCUCACAAAGCGCCAAGCGCUUUGACGCCUCUGUGUCGCUCUUCAACUACCUGAAGAAGAGUUUUUACAAAACUGCCUCCUUGUUGGCUGCCGCGUGCAGAGCUUCAGCCGUUCUGACGGGCCUCCGCUGUGAAGUCUGCGACGUCCUCUACACGUAUGGCUUCUACUUGGGCUUAGCCUUUCAGAUUGCCGACGAUGUCUUGGACUUCACCGGCGGUGAGGAGUUAGGCAAACCCAUCGGCCAAGACCUCGCUGAAGGCAAUCUGACAGCGCCUGUCAUCCUGUGCUUGCAAGGCAGCGAGGAGUUGGGCUUGGCAGCCUCAGUGGACAGCAGCGAGCUAGCAAGGUUGAUCCAAAGACGCUUCUCGGGCCAUGGAGAUUUAGAGCGGUCCCUGCAGAUCAUCAAUGAGAGUGGCGGCGUGGACCGAGCCUACGCCUUGGCAGAGAAGAUGGCCAACAAGGCUUUGGAGGCCUUAACCUUGGUCGCGCCCACCGAGUCGGAGGCCCGCCGCGCCCUGGCCGGGCUCUGUAGGUGGGCUGUGAGACGCUCGAACUGAUGUGGAGCGCGCUCCCUGAUGCAUGUGAUUUGCGGUUGCCGCUGCGGGCACUGGCAAUAUGUCGACCUUCCAGCCAGG